UAUUUGGCGGGCAGGUCCAUCGGGGUUGUUUGGUUCCGUCACAUUUGAAGAGAAACAGAAAUGUUGAAGAGCCGGUCCGUUGUGUACUUAAAGGACCGUCGCAGCUUGACAGCGGUAUUGUCAGUCGAGUCUCUCAAGGCUGUUUAGGGGGGGUGGGGGGUUUGGGGGGGCUAACCUCGCUCUGUUUGGCGGAUUUUGGAUCGCGGUCUCAUGGGGAUUUUCAAAGGAGAAAUGCCAGUCCCCGAGCAGAGUCCAGUGAUGGAGGAGGGGCUUCUGCUGACCUCCCGCAGCCGUUCGGCUGGCCGCAGCACGGAGCCGAUCAACACGGCCAACAAUAUCCUGGCUUCUGUGAAAGAACAGGAGCUUCAGUUUGAGCGGCUAACGCGGGAGCUGGAGGUUGAGAGGCAGAUUGUGGCCAAUCAGCUUGAAAGAUGCAGACUCGGGGCAGAAUCGCCGGGUGCUGGAAGCAGCAGCUCAUCUGAGAAGUCCCUCCCUUGGAGAACUGCCGACGCCCCCGCCCCAGGGGACCCCCAGUCACGGCUCGACGGCAGCUCCCGGUCGCCAAGCUACCGCAUCAGGAUUGAGUCGGAGCAGUUGUCUCCGCGCUCCCCGGAGCAAUCUUGCCUCCGUGAAAGGUCCACGGGGAACUCGCGUAGUUCAACUCAGAUGAAUUCGUACUCGGACAGCGGCUACCAGGAUGCGACCGGCGGUUAUCACGGCAGCCAGACGGUGGUCAAAUCCGAGCUGAGGAUGCAGCACUCCUUCCCCGGCGCGGGUACAAGCAUAAGCACAAGCACCCCCGUCAAGAUCGCCAUGGCGGAGGGGCAGGCCUCAGCACAGGUGCCAUCAGUCAGCGGCGUAGUGCCCGGCCGUGCAAUGCGGAGAGUCAGCUCAGUGCCUUCUCGCUCUCACUCCCCGUCCCACGUCAGCAGCACGUCGCCCUCGCACGGCUCCCUGCACGCCUCGGCCGGCAGCGGCUACGGCUCGCCCAUCGUCACGGAACCCAAACCCCUCUCCUGCAUCUUCUCCACCACCUUGCCCUCCCCCGCCCAGCGCACUGGCGGCUCGCCCCUCACCAUUCAGAAAAAUUCCCCCGCCGCCCUGCGACGGGUGGGUUCCGCCAACUCCAGACCGGGCAGCACCAGCCGCACCACGUCGCCCUACCAAGCAUCGUUGGGCUCGUCGUCGGGCCGCAUGGGCUCGCCGUUGACUCUGACGGACAACUGUCAGAUGAGCAAGCAGCCCAGUCACUCGUCUCCGGCGCGAGCGAGCAUGGUGGCCGUUCCCCAGCACUACAGCUCCACUCUGCCCCGCUCCGUCAUCCACAAUGCCGACGCCUACGGGCCGCAGGGGUACGACGUUUACGACAAGAGGAUGCGGCCCGACAGCCUCGCAGACGCUCUGGUGGAUGAUGACAUUCAAGGCAUGCGGAGCACAUAUGCCAGUCAACACAGUCAGUUGGCCCAGGACUUGAGGUCCAGCAUAUCCCCGGAGCGUCGCAUUGCGCCCAUCUUUGAGGACCGCAUGUUCCAGGCCCCAUUGUAUCUCAGCCCGGGCCACACGCAACAGGGCACCAUCUGCAGGAGCGCCUCAGGUGUGGGGAGUCUCCAGCGGACGCCCAGUGCCAUGACCUACCAAAGAAACAACUUGGCUCUUAACACAGCCGCCACCUAUGCGGAUCCCUAUCGCUCGGCGCAGUACCGGCCGUGCGAUUCCAAUUACAGUCGGCAGGCUGCUAUUAUCGACGAUCCCACCCGCUCGCCCUCAAUAGACAGCAUCCAGAAGGACCCCAGGGAGUUUGCAUGGCGCGACCCGGAGCUGACAGAGGUGAUUCACAUGCUGCAGCACCACUUCCCCUCCGUUCAGGCCAACGCAGCCGCGUACCUUCAGCACCUCUGCUUUGGCGAUAACCGAAUUAAGGCCGAGGUGUGUCGGCUCGGCGGCGUCAAGCACCUGGUCAACCUGCUGGACCACAAAGUCCUCGAGGUCCAGCGGAACUCCUGCGGGGCUCUGAGGAACCUCGUAUAUGGGAAAGUGAUGGACGAAAACAAGAUCGCGCUGAGGAACGCCGGAGGCAUCCCGGCUCUGCUCCGACUGCUGAGGAAGAGCGUCGACGCCGAGGUGCGGGAGCUCGUCACAGGGGUGCUGUGGAACCUGUCGUCGUGCGACGCCGUCAAGAUGACAAUCAUCCGCGACGCCUUGACCACCCUGACCAACACUGUGAUCAUCCCCCACUCGGGAUGGAGCAGCUCCACCUUCGAAGAGGACCAUAAGCUCAAAUUUCACUCGUCGCUGGUGCUGAGGAACACCACAGGUUGCUUGAGGAACUUGAGCUCAGCUGGCGAGGAGGCCCGAAAGCAGAUGCGCACCUGUGAGGGGUUGGUUGACUCAUUGCUCUACGUCAUCAAAGCCUGUGUCAACACUUCAGACUUUGACAGCAAGAUAGUGGAGAACUGCAUUUGCACACUAAGGAACCUGUCCUACCGUCUGGAGCUGGAGUUGCCCCCUUCGCGCCUGAUAGGGGUGCAGGAGGCGGACGCCAUUUUGGGAAGCGAGUCGCCGAGCAAAGACAUCAGCUCCAGCUGCUGGGGGAGGAAGAAGAAGAAGAAGAAAAAGAACUCCCAGGAAGACACUUGGGAUGGAGUGGGACCCAUCCCAGGCUUCUCGAAACCACCCACGGGCGCUGAGAUGCUUUGGCACCCCGCGGUGGUGAAGCCUUACUUGACACUACUCGCAGAGAGCUCCAAUCCUUCCACACUAGAGGGCGCCGCCGGGUCACUUCAGAACCUGUCGGCGGGCAACUGGAAGUUUGCAGCGUACAUCCGUGCCGCAGUGCGUAAGGAGAAAGGCCUGCCCAUCCUCGUGGAGCUACUGCGAAUGGACAACGACCGGGUGGUGUGUUCGGUGGCCACCGCACUGAGAAACAUGGCAUUGGAUGUCCGGAACAAAGAGCUCAUAGGGAAAUACGCCAUGAGAGACCUGGUCAACCGCCUCCCCGGAGGAAACACCACCUUGCUGUCGGAUGAGACGGUGGCGGCCAUCUGUUGCACCCUGCACGAGGUCACCAGCAGGAACAUGGAGAACGCCAAGGCCCUGGCGGACACGGGCGGCAUCGAGAAGCUGGUCAACAUCACCAAAGGCAGAGGGGACAGAUUUUCUCUGAAAGUGGUGAAGGCGUCCGCUCAGGUUCUGAACACGCUGUGGCAGUACAGAGAUCUACGCGCCAUCUACAAGAAAGACGGAUGGACCCAAAACCAUUUCCUCACACCGGUAUCCACCCUUGAGCGGGACAGGUUCAAGUCUCAGCCCACCCUGCCCACCAACAGUAUCCAGAUGUCCCCCCUCAACCAUCCUGCUGCCAGCGCCAUGUCGUCUCCGGCCAUUCGCGAUCACACCCUGAGGGAUUAUCAGAGAGCGCAGUCAACUAUGCAGUUUUAUAACUACCAAGUGGACAACAGUCUUCACAAAAAACACUAUCCAGGGUCGGGAAAGACUUCUUCGUACUACUACCCGUCGCCUACGCGAGAGGAGCCCAGAAGAACACAGCCUUUGUACUACGCCGACGAGCCCAGCAGGAGGACCUACGACCCAUACCGGAUGUAUGUGCAGCAUCCGCUCGGCUACGACGACGCCUACAUGGAUGAGAUUAUGGCGUACGCGCCGACCGUCGACUACGGCGGCCAGCAUCACACGCUCAAGGCCGCCAACAACUACGUGGACAUUUACGCCAGCACGCGGAGGCCCUCCUACCGGGCCGAGCAGUACCCCGGUUCCCCCGAUUCGUGGGUCUGAAAUGCAACCACGAACCAUGAACUUGGCUUUUAAAA